GAGGGAGGGAGAAAGAAGCGGGCGGGAUUAUUAUGGGCUGUGGGUGCUGCUGCUGAGCAAGAUGGAGCUGUCUGCAGUGGGGGAGCGAGUGUUCGCGGCCGAAUCCAUCAUCAAGCGGCGGAUCCGAAAGGGGCGCAUCGAGUACCUGGUGAAAUGGAAAGGCUGGGCCAUCAAGUACAGCACUUGGGAACCUGAAGAGAACAUCCUGGACUCCCGACUUAUUGCAGCCUUUGAGCAGAAGGAACGAGAGCGUGAGCUGUAUGGGCCCAAGAAGAGAGGACCCAAGCCUAAAACUUUCCUCCUGAAGGCUCGGGCCCAGGCGGAGGCCCUUCACAUUGGGGAUGUACACUUCUCUGUCAAGCCUGGCUCUAGCACCUCGUCACCCAAGCUGCACUCCAGCGCUGCAGUGCACCGGCUCAAGAAAGACAUCCGGCGAUGUCAUCGCAUGUCCCGGCGCCCCCUGCCCCGCCCAGACCCCCAGAACGGCGGGGGAGUGGGAGGAGGGGCUGGCAUACGUCCGCCAGUCUCGCCCUUCUCCGAGACCGUCCGCAUCAUCAACCGCAAGGUGAAGCCUCGUGAGCCCAAACGCAGCCGCAUCAUCCUCAACCUCAAGGUUAUUGACAAGGGCGGGAAGGCCGCGAGUGGGGGCGGGGGCCUGGCCCGUCCAAAGAUCCCCUCACGAAACCGCGUCAUUGGCAAGAGUAAGAAGUUCAGCGAGAGCAUCCUCCGCACCCAGAUCCGCCACAUGAAGUUUGGCACCUUCUCGCUGUACAACAAGCCGUCCGCUGCACCGGCCACAUCUCUGGAGGGCAAGAUGGAGGCAGGAGGCUCACAAGGUGCCUCCUGCGGGCUGGUCAUGGGCUCCACCCCUUACGAUGCCCACAGCUCCAGCUCCUCAGGCUGCCCCUCUCCUACCCCUCACUCCUCCUCCGACCCAGACGAUUCUCCCCCAAAGCUGCUUCCCGAAACCCUGAGCCCUGCCAUUCCUGACUGGCGCGAGUCGGAGGUCCUGGACCUGUCGAUCCCACCAGAAUCAGCAGCCACCAGCAAGCGCUCUCCCCCCGGGGGAUGUGCUGGGGGCCAGACGCCCUCAUCAUCCCUCUCCUCUUCUGACCCGGAGCAGGAGGCUGGCGACUGGCGCCCUGAGAUGUCCCCCUGCUCCAAUGUGGUGGUCACAGAUGUCACCAGCAAUCUCCUGACCGUCACCAUCAAGGAGUUCUGCAACGCAGAGGAUUUCGAGAAGGUGGCAGCAGGUGGAGGAGGCAGCAAGGGAUGGGGGAGUGUCUCCGCAUCUCCUGUACUUCAGUCACCCCUCUCCUGCCACCCCUGCUGGGAUGGAGGUAAGGUACCCUCCCUCCUUUACCAAAUGGGUGCUGUCUGAGCUGAGUCUUCCUGGGUCAUUAAAUCCCCUUCCUCACCUCUGCUGUUAAAGGAAGUUUCAGGCGCUUUGCAAUAUUCCCAACAGUCAAUCUAACUUCCUUCAUGGACCUGACAGUACUGGGGAUGGAGAGUCGGAACUCCCUGUGGAUAUCCAAGCUAAAGCACAGGUUGGGGUGGGGGAGCAGCUGUGCUGGCAGGUAGUCAUUUCCCCCACAGUCCCGCCCUCCACACCACGUCAACAGUGGUGUCUGUGGAUGUGGGAUGGUGGGAGGAGAAAGUAGCGUAACCAACUGGGAUGGCCCUUCUCGCCAGCGGGUGUGGGAUUCCAGUUCCAUAGCCAGGAUUUGAGUAAGGAGGUGCAACAAACCAAGAAUGGGUGUCUGGCUAAGUGCUCUGUGUCCCUUUGGAGGAGUGCUUGUCCGUCUCCCAUCCCCACACCUCUAACUGAGGCCUUGCACUGUUUGGCCUGAUGUAUCCUUUUCUCCAGUGUUGCUUGCUUUGCUGCUUUUUGGAUUGCCCAAUAUCAUGCAAGAGCUGGGAUCUUAUUUACUUUUUAUAUGAAUAUAGAUAUAUAUAGAUAUAUAUGUAUAUAUAUAUAUAUAAAAGAACCCCCCACAUAAUCCGUCCCAAUCCGUAUAUCAAACGCAUAAUAGUUCAGAAGGUUGCUCUUGGGGCUGGGAGCUAGGCAUUCCUGGGUUCUUUUGAUUUCCUGUGACCUUGUGCAAGUUGCUUCAAGGCCCUUUGCCUCUCUUCCCCUGUCUGUACCAUGGGGGCAAUGCCCUGUAGAGGUUGCUGGGAGGCUAAAAUUUAGUAAUGUGCAUAUAGAGCUAUAGAAGGGCUGAGUAUUGCUUCAGAACCCACGCAUUCCUUCCCAGAUACUUUAUAAAUCCAUUGCAUUGUCACUCUGGCUUUGAAUGAGGGAGCGUUUUGGCCCUCCUCCAAAAGUGCAGUGUGUACAUUUCUGAGGAGCAGAAUCUCUCAUCUCCUCUUCCCCCACCCUUAUUUUUCCAUUUGCCGCUUAACCUCCCCACGUCAGUUAUCCAGCAUCAGAUCUGGGCAUCCCUACUGCUCCUAGUCGUCUCCUCCCCCAAAGCGAGGCAAUUGUGUUGACACUGGGGUGGUCCUGUAUUCUCAUUAAAACAUGCUAUUCACUUCCAAGGUUGAGAUAGCCCUCACUGGUUUACAAGAAGUGGAGACCAAGAAGUCCCUUCUCUUCUCCUCCCCUCUCUCUCCCCCGCCCCCCAAAAAGAAUCUCAGUCAGGUAACAAAGGAAGAUACCAGUUUUUCCAGGGUUGUACCUCUAGCAGUUCUUCUGUCCUUCCCACCUUCUGCUGCCUAGCACAAGAUGAAACCCUACAGGGCCAUCCAGAGUUCUGUCUUCGAUGCAGAACUGCAUCCAAGACCUGCUUUCCACCCUAACAGGACACAUCAAUCCCUUAGGGAUGUUCCACUCUUGUCCCUCAAGGGGGUGCUGUCUGGGGUCUUCUGCAGAGACAGCAUGUUCAGUCUGGGGUGUGGACUGCCCCACUUUUGCACUCUGGCCAAUCUAAGACUGGUAUGGGGAAGAGGGUAUUGAGAUAUGGCUGCAACUGGGGAAAUAGUGUGGCAGAGGAAAGAAACAGGGUGAUUACCCCAAAGGAGAACAUCAGUAAGAGAAAUCAGAGUAAUGUGAUCUUAAAUAUUGGCAAUGGUGGGUGAUUCAAGAGAGAUUAAUUUGAUGGGGGGUAAUGGCAGGUUAAGUAGUUUAAACAUUAAUCCCUGUAUUAGCUAACACCCCAUGAUGCCCCAAUUCAGCAAAGCAUCGAAGCACAUACUUAAAUCCAUCCCUGUUCAGCAAAGCACUUAAAGCAUGCACGAAACUUCUAAGCGGGUGGUUAUGGAUCUAAGUACUUUACUGGAUUGGGGCCUCAUACAGGAACUGUGUCUUUUUAAAUCCAAGUAAAUUUUCCCCAUUAUUGCAGUUUUCUUCUUUGCACUUCCGCUAGGAUGGUGAAAUUAACUUCCCCAGGAGUAGCCCUGACUCUUCCAGUGUAGCAGGGACAAGUGGGUUUCCUUGUUGUGGGGGGAGGAAACUUCAUUCAAGUUCUGAGAAUAAAUAAAUCUACCAUCAUAUUUUUUUAAAAUCUAAAUUUUGGAGCUAAACUACUUGCCAUGCCCCCCCUUCUCCUCUUAACAGUAGAGGAUUCUUUUUUUUUUUUUUUUUUUUUCUUUUUUUAAAUUUUGGGUGGAAAAUUGCAAGGGGGGGUGGGAAUCAGGGCUUGCACAUCUGCCUCUUCCCUCCACCUCCCCAGGUGCCAAACUGAAGCCCAGGUCCUGCAGACUUAUGCAAGUACUUAACUUUAAGCAGGCGAGUAGUUCCACUGAUGUCUAGAGGUACUUGCUUCAAGCUAAGCAUGUGCAUAAGUCUUUGCAGGAUCAGGGCCUUACUCUUUAUCCCAGAGAGAGAUUUUGAUUUAAUUUCUAUAAUGGUGAUGGUCCUGAUGCAACCCAUAUACCCCCCCCCCCCCAUACCUACCCCACACUUGGCAUACAGGGUAUGGUUACCCUUUAAGCUGGUUGUGUGAUUCCCAGCUCAAGGAGACAUUCACACUAUUUCUUACUGAGCUAAUGCACUAAAAAUAGAGUGUAACUGUGGCAGUGCGACCUUCAGGACUGGCUAGCUACUCUAGGGUCUCAGACGGGCAUGUACUCGGGGCAACUAGCCCGUCCUGUGGCUUGUGCCACCAUGGCUUCACUCUAUUUUUAGUAUGCAAGCUCUGAGAGCUGGCACAAGUAUGUCUCUUCAAGCUGGGAAUCACACACCCGGAGCCAACUGGAGACCUACCCAGAGAGGGGAGGUGGUGACUUUUUUUAAUUUAAAAUAAACCUAAAUAUCUUGUAACUUUUUUUUAUUUUGAAAAAUGCAUUUAAUUAAAGAAUCAUGCACGAAUGAAUUGUAUAUCUAUAUAUUUUUUUGUCUUGUAAUUUUCAUUUUUAAAUAUAGUGUUUGCGUUUGUUUAUUUUAAUCCAGUUCCCAGCUGGCUAAACUCUGUCUAGAGUGGAUGGAUGGGACGCGGGGUGGGGCGAUAGGAUCCCCCUCCCAUUGGCGUUUCCAGCGGAAAAAUGGCUUGUUCUGGGUUUGGGGGCAGUUUGUGCUAAUUACUCUCGUAUUCUUGUACAUUUUGUUCUUUCUGCUGCUCUUGAGUAUUGUAUCGAUGCCAGAAAUGGGGAGUUAAUGAAAAAUAUUAACCCCAAUAAAUUGUUACAUUCCAAAGCC